GCUCCGCCAUCCCUUCCGUGCCCAGCGUCAGGAGCAGCCUCCUCCUCCUGAGUCCAUGGCCGUGUUGGGGCCCCGAGCCCUCCGGGCUGCACUCUGCAGCGGCUGCUGCCUCCUGCUCUGUGCCCAGCUUGCAGCAGCCGGUAAAGGAGGCAGAGCCUUGGGCAGGGGAGCCCUGCUCGGUCUUAACAUCUGGGGCCCUGCUGCUGUUGCCGAAUGCAAACAGCUGCAAUCCUGCAAGCACUGCGUGGAGGGGGAACCUGCUCGAAACCUCUCAGGCUGUGUGUGGGAACACUGUAGGGGUGAGGAGCCAGGACAUGGGCACUGUGUAGCUCGGGAAGAAGAAGCCAAGGAAGGCUGCUCUAUCUAUAACCACACAGCUCUGUGCCCAGCUUAUGUCUCCCCAGCUGCUCCACAGCCACCCACCCAGGAAUCAAAGGCAUUCACAUCAGGCAGUCCUGACACUGUCCCACCUCUGGACACCCAUACUCCUGGCUUUGAUGGUGCUAGCUUUGUUGGGGGCAUAGUGCUGGUGCUGAGUCUACAGGCUGUAACCUUCUUCCUCAUCCGCUUUGUCCGGGUCAAGGAUAACACCUAUCAAACACUGUAAGGCACUUGGGUCCCUGGGGAAGGAGGUGGGGAGAGUCCCUGGGCCCCUUCUUCUCCCGCCUCCCCCACCGUGCUGGUUGUUCUGUCCCCUUACCCUGUAUAGCCCCCAGAAAUCUGUCUGACCCCUUGGGCUUCUAGCUUGAAGUUGGGGAGAGAUAGGUGAAAGGUUAUUUUUCCCUCUCAGCUGUGAAGUCCCUCUUUUCCCAAGGCAGGGAAGGGGAUAGCACAGUGAUGGCCUAGGGAAAGUCCCUUACCUCGUUCUCACAUCUCUGCGCCUUCUGUUCCCAAGGCUUGUGGGGAAGGGAUCUCAAGGGGGAGGGGACUAACCCUAGACCUGUGUCCUUGUCUCCUUCACGCUGCCAGAGAGGAGAACCAGUAGGUCCUGGCCCAAGGAAUGGCCUGCCUGGCCCCUCCUAGGGGACCUGACCCUUCCCCUGGUUACUAGAGAGGGACCAAUGUUUGCAGUUUGCUUUGUUUUAGGUGUUGAAGGGAAAUGAGGCCCCACCUCCCUGUCCUGAUCACCUGUCCUGGGGAGGGAAGGGAACAAUCUUUCCCAGUCACCCCCUCCAAAAACUGGGGAAAGGUUGGAGACAGGAGAGGCCAGCCCCCUCUCCUGUAGCCCCUAACUGGCACUCCCCAUUCCCGCCCCUAGGCCGCAUGGGGAGGGAGGCAGGGAGGGAUGGAUCUCAGUGUGUGGUGCUGUGUGUUGUAUGAAGCCAGGCCUGAGGGGCUGCCUGGCCCUGGAGGCCUGGGGCAGGGUCUGCUUCUGAAGCCCUGUACCCAGAGCCUCUAUUAUAUAACCUACCACCUUGUUGUCCUGGGCCACCAUCUCUUUGUCGAGGGAAUGAGGGACUGCUGGGGCCCCAGGGUGGCCAUGGGCCUUCUGGGGCUGAAUUUCUGCCAGACUCUUCACCCCCACCCCCACCUCCCAGCAGACUCAGGGUAAGGGUGGUGGGUGGUCUACUGAGCCCAGGGAAGCUGUCCCCCUCCUCUAUCCCCUCCCCCCAAUUGAAUAUUUUCUCCAUCCCAUGAUCUCCGUCAUAGGAUCUGACUACCAGGACAAGAUGGAGUGGGGCGGGGGGCAGAGGCAGUAGUACCAGGCCCUUGUGACCUCAUGUGCCCUCAGCCCGGCUUCCAUCUGAGAAAGGGGGGCUGGACCCCAGCCUCGGAGGGAGAGAAGGUCAAGCUUUGGAAGAUAACCUUCUGCUCACUCCUUCCGUCUCUCAGGCUAACUGAGGUGGCUUCAUCAUACCCACUGACCCUCCCUGAAGGCUGCUAUGCUCCAAUAAAGGAACUCCUCU